UGUGUUGGCUAAAAGUGUCGUGUGUUGACCGCGCUCAGCUUUCUUUCAAUGCAUUCAGAGUAGAAUUGAACUCGUAGCGGUCAAGUUCGUUGUGCGCGGUGAUUGAACGUAUACGAAUUUCACAAUAAAUUAUAAUACAGAUUAUUUUAUUUAAUUACUGAUAAAUAACAGAAAUGAGCGAGCAAAAAUAUUUAAAUUUGAACAAUGGCUUGCAAAUGCCAAUUCUCGGUUAUGGCACUUGGAUGGCUAGUGAGGAAGAAAUAACCGUUGCUGUGAGUGAUGCGCUCAAGGUCGGCUACCGGCAUAUUGAUACGGCUCCAGUGUAUUUAAAUGAAAAGGCCAUUGGAAAUGUGUUAAGCAAGUGGCUUUCUUCGGGAAAAAUCAAGAGAUCGGAACUAUUCAUCACCACCAAGUUGCCACCACCAGGUGCCGAUAGACCCGAUCUAGUUGAAUUUAUGUUAAGAAAAUCGCUGGCAGAUCUUCAAUUGGAUUAUGUUGAUUUAUAUUUGAUACACACACCAUUUACUGUCGUCGUAGAUGAGAAAGGCGAAUUCAAGCGUUAUGAAGAUGGAACCAUUAUUGUUGAUCCCAGCACUGAUCACGUAGCUCUUUGGAAGGAAAUGGAGGGUCUAGUCGCUAAGGGCUUGACCAAAUCUAUUGGUAUUUCCAAUUUUACGGUGAAGCAAAUCGAAAGAAUUCGUCAGAGCUGCAACAUUCAGCCAGCAGUCUUGCAGAUCGAGUACCAUAUAUAUUUACAACAACCACAACUGAUCGAUUAUUGCAAAUCUGCAAAUAUUGCCGUGACCGCCUAUUCACCGCUCGGUUCCAAAGGAGUAGGUUCCCUAAAUAAGAUGGCCGGCGUGGAACGUGAACUACCCGAUCUACUUGAAGUGCCUGAGGUUAAGGCGAUCGCGCAGAAUCACAACAAAAGUGAGGCACAAGUAUUGUUACGCUGGAUUGUGCAAAAGGGCAUCUCGGUUAUACCAAAGAGUACCAAUACGAAACGCAUGCGCGAGAAUAAGGAUAUCUUCGAUUUCAAAUUGAGUGCGGCGGAAAUUGAACAGCUUAACAAUUUGGAUGCCAAUUUGCGUAUUGUGAAUUUCUCAUUUUUCAAAGGCGUUGAAAAACACCCAGAGUUCCCGUUCUAAACAUUUCAGUUUCGCAUGGCAAACAAUAACGGAUUUACUUAUUUAAUAUAUAUUAGAAGUUGUAUGAAUUAAUCUAAACCGAUUCACAUUACUAGACAUACCCUGGGGUGCACGCGCAUAGUAGUUUAGCAAGAAUCAAAAUAAACACAUUAUUUAUUAUUCGUUUCAGUAACUGGUAUAAAA